CGUCGUGCGUGUGUCUAUAUAUAUGGAAGAAGCUCGUUCAAAUACCCGCAUCCAAAAAGGUGAAUAUAGAAGGUUUUUAUGAGAGCCAUAACACAAAAGUUGUUAUUUUAUAACACAAAAUUACCAAAAGUUCCUUUCUUGAUCAGAAAUACCAUGUCUGAACCAGACCAAAGCCCUGCCUUUAACAGACCCAGAUUGGUGGCCAAGAAGGUCCUGGCCAAGCUUCAACAUGAAGGUGAUGGUGCUGUCGUUAGAAGAGGCAUUGGAAGGAGUGAUUUGAAGAACUUGGAUCCUUUUCUCAUGCUGGAUGAUUUUUCAGUAAGUCCACCAGCUGGAUUUCCUGACCAUCCACACAGAGGUUUUGAGACUGUUACAUACAUGUUACAGGGAGCUAUUACUCACCAAGACUUUGCUGGACAUAAAGGUACAAUCAGAACAGGGGAUGUACAGUGGAUGACAGCAGGCAGAGGGAUAAUCCACUCCGAAAUGCCUGCGGGAGAAGGACCCCAAACGGGUUUGCAGCUUUGGAUCAAUCUUUCCUCUAAAGACAAAAUGAUUGAGCCAAGAUAUCAAGAACUCUCAAGUGAUGAGAUACCAAGUACCGAGAGAGAUGGAGUAGAAGUGAGAGUCAUAGCAGGAGAAUCAAUGGGAAUAAGGUCUCCAGUCUACACAAGAACUCCCACAAUGUACCUGGAUUUCGCUCUAAAACCGCGAGCCCAAAUUCACCAAAGCAUCCCAGAAUCAUGGAACUCAUUUGUGUAUGUGAUUGAAGGAGAGGGAGUUUUUGGGUCCCUAAAUUCAUCCCCAGUUUCAGCCCACCAUGUCCUGGUCUUGGGUCCUGGGGAUGGCUUAAGUGUGUGGAACAAGUCGUCAAAGCCACUGAGGUUUGUGCUGGUUGGUGGGCUGCCACUGAAUGAGCCAGUGGUUCAGCACGGUCCAUUUGUGAUGAACACACAAGCUGAGAUUGAUCAGACCAUUCAGGACUAUUAUUACUCCCAGAAUGGGUUUGAAAUGGCCAAGUAUUGGAGAUCUCAAUGAGUGAGUCAGUGCCAAAAAAAAAAACAAGAAAAAAAAGUUCUAGAUUUCUAAUACUUGGAGAGAUUUUAGAAGAAAAAAAUAAAAGGAUCCAUCUUUUGUCAAUGUCACUGUCUUCUUUCUUCCACAAGAGCAAUUGAGUAGGAAAGUGAAAGGGAAUUUGAUGUAAUUGGAGCUAGAGCUUCUAGAAGGUUUAGAAAUUGCAAAAUGGAAGAAAGAUGGCUUAUCACUAAACUCAUUGAUGGGUCAGCUUAUUAUUGUUUUAGG